UUUAUCCGGAAUACUUGGAUUUUUCAGCACCGCGAGCAAUGUGGUUUGUCUGGGACGCUGGCAUCGCUGUGUCGUUCAUGGGCCUGGGCUGCAUGCUGGCAUGUGUACUUGCGUGCAUGUACAACCUUUCCGAGUGGCUUGGAGCAACUGUCGCUGGAGUCUCCUUCCAGAUUAUGCUCCUUGUCAUGAGCGGGUGGGCACUGUCGUCGCAUUGGUACACAAUGACGACAAACCCAGGCACGAUUCCAAAGAGCAUGCGGAUAUCCCAGCUGAGUCCGGUGGACGAAAAGACACUUGGUGAGCCGAAAGCCAAUGAAUUUGUCUACUGCGAAACGUGCGACGCACUUCACCCCAAGCGAGCUGAGCACUGUCAUACAUGUCAAAGCUGUGUGGUGCUUAUGGACCACCACUGUCCGUGGGUGAACAAUUGCAUUGGAAUUGGCAACGCAAAGAACUUCAUCCUGCUGCUUCUGUACGUCGCCAUGCUUUGCGCCGCCAUGAUUGUCGUGACCGUAUUGCAGCUCUGGACGUGCACUGCACCGAUCGUCUGUGGUUUGAAAGCUGGUGCGAGUCCUGGUCGGGCUGGAAUGUGGGUGCUCGCGGUGUCCAGUUUGUUCUUGGUGUUGUGUUCGCUCAUGCUGGCCAUGGAAAUCUUCAGCAUCUCAGAGGACGAAAUCUACGGUGCUAUUGCAUCUGACCUGUCCAGUUUGCAAGAGUCUCGGGAGCAUGGCUCCAAGCUCAGUCGCCACCUCGGAAUCCUCUUUGGCAACGACAUGUUUCAGUGGCAUUGGCUCGUCCCUGGACGCAAUGUGCAUCGGCGGCGGCGCGACGAUGAGAUGGACAUUAUCCUUGGCUAUCGAGAAGGCGAGAGCUCCCAUAAGAGUGGAAUACAGUCGUUGGUUUGAUCGAAA